AUAAAAAAAAAAAAAAAAAAAAAAGGAGUGGACUUUCUGGGGGGUAUUGAUUCAGCUGGAAAGUGGCCUCUAGCAGCUGGCACUAACAGGAGACUGAGUUAAAGGAGGAAUAUAAAUGCUGUGGCUUGUACAACUCCAGGUGUGAGAGGGCAAAACUCCAGCAAAAGGAGCAGAUGAGUCACGAGCUGAAGAAGGGGCCCAUCAGCUGCUCAGAAACAGCUCCCACGCUAGAGGAGGUGGCAAGAAAACCCCGAGAUGCUUUGACAACUGACACAGGGGAGGGGAUGGAGGAAUCACAGGGACCAUACUCAAAAGUGAAUGUGACUCUGGAUCCAGACACAGCUCAGUCCCGGCUCGUCUUGUCAGAAGAUCAGAGAAGUGUGAUGCAGGGAGCCACACAGCAGAGCUGGCUUGACAACCCACAGCGAUUUGAUCCGUGGCCUUGUGUGCUGGGCUGCGAGGGAUUCAACUCAGGGCGACGAUGCUGGGAGGUGGAGGUGGGCUGUGGGUCAUGCUGGGCUGUGGGGGUGGCCCUGGAGUCCGUGAAGAGGAAGGGACCGAUUGACAUGAGCCCUGUGGGGGGCAUCUGGGCGGUGGGGCGAUAUAAGGAGAAGUUCCAGGCUCUCACUUCCCCAUCUCCCACCCCUGUCCUCCACAGCACAGUCCCCCGGAGGGUGCGGGUCUGUCUGGACCAUGCAGGGGGGCGGGUGAUGUUUGUUAACGUGGACAGCGAGGCUGUGAUUUUCACUUUCCCGCAAGCCAUGUUUGUGGGGGAGCGAAUCCACCCCUGGUUCUGGGUGGGUAAGGGGUCCCAGCUCAAACUGUGUCCUGAGACCUGAGGAGGUGUGUCGCUCCAAGGAGGCUCUGCUGUGGCCACCCUGCCCUCCUGCAUCCCCAUCUGGCUAGUCCUUGGGGACUCCCAUCUGCUUAGAGAUCUUCUGCCAUCUCCAUCUACAAACCUUCUGCUGUGAGCCUCAGAGGCUGUUGGAGUCCUGUCUGCCUGCCCGCGGAGAGUAGGAAUUGCCUUGCUGGGAGCAGAGAUCUGUGGGCUUCCCCAACCUUGGCCCUACCACAGUGGGAGAGGCUUAGAACAGGGCUCUGGGUGAAGAAUGGCCGUUUCUGGGGACACACUUUAUUUACAGGAGCCAUGAGGGGGAUUGAGGGGCAUAGCAGUGGCAUUGGAGUGCCUAGUGAUGGUAUAUUUUUACUUGAGGAAAUAGGCAGAUGGGCAAGGAGGAUGAAACCUUGCUCAGCAGCCCACCUGGCCACGGGGUGAUGCUCUGUAGCCCCGAAGCCUGGGCAGCCUCCAUGUAUUAGUUGCUGUGGUUGGCCUGAUUUGAUUCUUGUGUUAACUCAAGAAAACACAAGUAAAUAUUCAUCUUUUUGGGAGGUGCUAGUAGGAUUUACUUCUUCAAAUAGUUUUGUGGGUGGAAUUAUAAUCACUGCUUUUUAACAAAUCAGUGUACCCGAUAGUUCUUCAAUGUUUGACUAUUCAAUUUGUUUCUCUGGUUGUGAUGAGGCUCUUGGAAAGAAAAUUUAGAGGUUUAGAUCUUCUCCAGCCAAAGAACUAAUACCAUGAAUUUGCUGAAGUUUAGGAAGAGGCUGUAGGAAUUGCUGGUUUGAGACUUGCUGUUUUGUAGAACUGCCAGGAUUUGUGGCAUUGCAUGGUAGAAGUGAAAAAUAUGAAUAACCAAAGUUAUAUAAACAAUCAAAGUUCAAAUGCUGGUCAAACAAAUGUGAAACUAAACCCCAUCACACAAGACCUUGCUGACAGAUAAGAAAGGCUUCAAACACGUUGGCUCCAUCUACUUCUGUUGAAAAAGCUGACCUGUGAAAGGGAGGUUGGGGGCUGGAGUGGAGGGGAGGGAUUCCGGUGAAGAGAAGCAAUGCUACAACACAAACUCUGCCUAGGAUGCUUAAUACAACCUCUGGAAAGGGGGACUGUGAAAAAGCAUCUGUGAAAGUCAUAGCUUGCUCAAGGGUGAAGCCCACCCCUUGUCCUUGCUCUGUGGCCAGAAGCCCAUGGUGACCUGCUGGGUUUGGCUGUGGUGCUGCUGCAGGGUUUGAUUCCAGCUCUUCCCAGACAUGAACCCAGCUGCCUUUGUGCUCUGGCUGUGGGAUCUCGCCUUCCUCCCAGUGUGCUCGUGGAAAUGCAGAGCCAUGGCCCCGGCAAGGGUAAGCUCUCCCUCCUCCUGCGUGGGCACAACGUCAGCUUUGGCACCAGGAGCUGAGGACAUGCUGGCAGCAAGGUGUGGGCAGCCACUUGGAGACCUUGUCCAUUCCUACCAGGAUUUGCCCUCUUCUGUGGUCUGUCAGGAGCAUGAGUUUUGGGAUUGACUCCUUGGAUGGUCCCCUGGAUUGCUUUGCUGGAUUGCUGGUCCCACAGAUGUGCAGAGCCCAGGUGCAACAGGAUGUCACCUGUCCCUGUACAGUGCCAGAGAGGUUGGUGAGCCCAUCCCCUAGUGCCAGGGCAGGAUAUCUGAGCCUGACCUGGUGCUGCAUCUCUUUCCAGCUACUGGAGUAGACCAGGGAGACUAGUGCUGUUGCCUGUGCCCAGCUGCCACCACAAAGGUUACAACUGAGUUAGAAUCAUAGAAUAGAAUCAUUAAGGUUGGAAAAGACCUCUAAGAUCAUCGA